AUGGAUGAGGCUGGUUAUGGUGGCACCGUGGGUGGCGGAGAGAUGGGUGAGGCUGUUGGUGGCACGGUGGAAGUCGGGGAGAUGGGUGAGGCUGGUGGUGGCACAGUGGGCGGCGGGGAGAUGGGUGAGACUGUAGGUGGUGGCACGGUGGAUGUUGGGGAGAUGGAUGAGGCUGGUGGUGGUGGCUCCGUGGGCGAUGGGCAGAUGGGUGAGGCUGGUGGUGGCACGGUGGGCGGUGGCGAGAUGGGUGAGGCUGGUGGUGGCACAGUGGGCGGCGGGCAGAUGGGUGAGGCUGGUGGUGGCUCAGUGGGCGGCGGGGAGAUGGGUGACGCUGGUGGUGGCACGGUGGGGGGUGUGGGACCACACGUACUCGGACAACAAGCUCAUUGA